GUGUGGGCGUCAGCGGAGAAACCCACCGUGCUUUGUCCUACAUUGUGUAGUCUUCGGUAGUUCUGUAGCCGCAGGCUUAGUCACCAGACGCUCGCAGUUCGUGCACUCUGUUCGGACAUUUACGGAUGCAGCGAGGCUGGGCACCAGGAAACUUUGAAGAAAAUGGCGAGCUCAUCGAAGCCGGCGCCACGAGGCGCCGGAAUCCUAAGUCCGGACUACAUGACCUUGCUCCAGAGCCUGUGCACCUUGAACCAGCCAACAGUGGCUGAUGUCACCGGGAUUUUUAACAGCGAGUUCCGCCGCACUUUAGGAGGCGGAAGAGCCAGGCCUUCUGUCAGGGCUGAAGCUGCCAGGGCUCAAGCUCCGUCGACAUCCCGGGGAACUCCGUCCACAUCCCGUGGUUCCAAAAAGCGCGGCGGCAAGCCCGGGCGUGGCAAAGGUCGGGGCCGUAAGGGUGGCGGAGGUGACGACCCUGAUGAUGACGACGAAGUUGAAGAGGACACCAGCGGCGACGAAGACGGCUUCCAAAGAUCGUGCACGUGGGAGCCCGACAAGCCCUGCUGGCUUUUCGCAGAGCUAGACCCGUGGAAUCGGCUGCUCGCCAAGGGCUGCUUCGAGCUGAGGAUGCACAAGUGGUCCGAGUUCGCGCUCACAGGAUUCGCCUGGCCUGAGAGCAAUGCACCGGACUACCCGGACGUGCUUCGGCUUUCACUACUGAUGCACUUGCUGCUGAGGCAGCACAGAUGCGUGACCCGCGUCGUUGUGGACCUGACAAUGUCCACGGUCGAAACCAAGAUUUUCUGGCACGCCUUACAGAAUAGCGCCGGUGGCGUCAAAUGCAUCGAGUACCAGGCCAGCCUCGCUGAAAAACAUGGCUUAGCACUUCCGAGUGAUUGUGUUCAGUGGGCUCUCUCGGUUUCCGGCAUGAGCUCCCUCUGCGCCUUGUACCUCGCGAACGUCUACUUCGACGCAGAAGUCGCCCGGACACUGGCCAAAUACAUGGAGGAGACUACCACGCUGGUCACUCUGUCGUUUCAAUCCGUGGCGUCGCAGACUGAUGACGAUGCCGGGACCUUUCUGGAAUCCUUGGCUCUGAACAAGACGCUCAGAACAUUCUACAUGCCACCCGACUUUGUGAAGGCUCGAGACGGCGAAUCCGUCGCGAAAUUCCUCCGCAACCACCCUGCCAUCGACAAAAUUGUGGCGUACGGAUCACAGACCACUUCCCCGUCCGGCCUGCUGAAAGGGGCAGUGCAGAGCACAAGCCUGAAGAGUCUGCAUCUCAAAACGUGCGCCGUCAGCCCCGAGGAUAUCCAGGAGAUGGCCUUUGCCCUGACUCGACGCCCGCCGUCUCCAGUCACUGAUGAGGCCGCGACGUCGACGCCGACCAGCCGCCUGGAGAAACUGUCAUUCACCGGCUGCGACGCCAGCAACCCUCUUUUGGAGCACGCGUACGCCUCCCUCAUCGGAGGUGUCCUCCUCAGUCUUACGCUGACCAGUUGCAAUCUGCGAGAGACGUUCGCGGCGGCUGCGGCUGUGAAACUGCGCACUGACACCCGCCUACGCAAGCUCGAUAUCCAGCACAACGAAAUCAGCGUCGGCGGAUGCCGUACCCUGGUCCGAGUCUUGGAGGUAAACAAGACUCUGGAAGCAUUCUCCUUCUCUUUGAGAACCAUAGCACCUGCGCCCCACAUCGCCAUCUUCUUCGACAUCAUCCGGGAGCUCAAAGUCGCUGCUCGCCUGAAUAUCGGCUGGGUGAACCCACGCGGAGCCGACUUUGCGGAUGGUGUCGCCCUGUGCAAGAUCUCUUCCGCCUACAUCGAUCUAGACAAGCGGAGCAUCAAGGACGCCACGCCUCUCCUGGAUGCUGUUGCAUCCAGUCGCAACACCCACGCUGCCACGAUAGAGUGCACGACCCUGACGCCCGAGCCUGUGCUUCAAAAGCUCGCCGAAGCCAUCGGCUCCACUGCUUACCUGAGAGAGCUGAAGCUGUGCAUCACGCUCCCCGAAGUCAAUGGGGUCAGCCUGCUUCGGUCACUCGAAAACAACCGCACCAUCCGAAUCCUUGAAAUCACCAACUUCGUCUUCAGGAAAAGGGCCAUCAAAGCACUGGGCCGACUGGUCGAGCAAAACCGGGCGAUAAACAUGCUCACGAUUGUGAUUCUGGACGGCAGGGACUGCUGGAACGAAGUGCGGGCAGUCUGCCGGGAGCUGAAGGAGGCCAUUCUGCGCAACCGUUUCCUCAUCGGCCUAGCAGUGAAGAUGGUCAGGGACAACCAUGCCAACGAAUUCGCCAUCAAGGACGCUCUGCGGCGUAACCUGCUGUACGUCCACGAGGCCAUCCGCUUCGUCCACGGCUCCAACGAAAAGAGCCACGCCCUGGCAUUCGAAGCUCUGCAAUACUCGCACUCCAUAAAAAUGGUGCUGUCCCUCAACUUAUCCAUCAAAGAGGAAGAGGCGGUCAAGAAGAUUGACGAGGCCCGUGAUCGGCUCGCUGCCAACUACUUCAUCCUCACCGGCGUCGUCAGCGGCAAAAUAACCUGCGAACAGGACCGCAGGAGGAGAGCCACGCUGGACAAGCUUAGCGUAGACCUUCUUGCACGCAUUUGCAGUUAUCUCAGCCUGACGGAUGUGAUGGACUUGUAAAGCACCAAAAAGGCUGCGGUAGCCCAUUGAUGUCCACCAAUCCAAUGCAUUCUUGCAUUCUAGCACAUCAGGUUCAAGAAUUUGGUUCAAUAAAUCUUCAGGUUGCAUUUCGAGGCCCUCUAGUGCUUCAG